CAAAAAAUUCAACUGAAUGGAGUGAAUGUUGGUCUGGUAUUUCAGUUGAUCAAAAAUUAGAUGCAUUUAAUAAAAAAUUGCUUAGCCUUCGUCAUCGGUAUGUACCUUUUCGUACUGUUACCGUCAAUAAUGUUUCUUGCCCAUGGUUUAGUACUACAAUAAAACGUUUUAUUAAUUUAAGAAAUAGAAAAUAUGCAGUUUGGAAAAAGUACCCUACGGAAUAUAACUGGAUGAAGUUUAGAAUUGCUAGAAAUGUAGCUGCUAGAACUGUUUUUAAGGCUAAGUCAGAUUACUAUGAAUCUAAGCUUGGUGGUACUAAAUCUACUAAAACCCUUUGGAAUAAUAUCAAAAUGCUUGGGGUUACAAGAAAAAGUAAAAAUAUAAGCAAUAUGGACCCAAAUGCUCUAAAUAACUUCUUUGUUUCUUCUGUAGAGGAUAAUGGUAGCUCUUCUUCAGUAUUCUUUGAUAUGAAUAUUGUUGACGCUAAUGAAGGCUUUAGUUUUUACUGCGUCAGUGAAGAUAUUGUUUUUAAGAAUUUAAUGAAUAUUAAGUCUAAUGCUGUUGGGCUAGAUGAAAUUCCUCUUAAAUUCAUAAAGCUCAUUUCACCAUUUAUAAUAUCUCCAUUAACUCAUAUUAUAAACUAUUGUAUUACUACCUCUACAUUUCCAGUGGCAUGGAAACAAGCUAAAGUUAUUCCAACUGAGAAAAAAGUUAAUGCUUCAUUAGUUUCUGACUAUCGACCUAUCAGUAUUCUUUCUUCUCUCUCCAAAGUGUGUGAGGCUAUAAUGUCUGAACAGAUUCGUAAUCAUCUAAACGUUUUUCAUCUGCUAUCUCCUUAUCAAUCUGGUUUCAGAAAAGGUCAUAGUUGUGCGUCUGCCUUGCUGAAAGUCCUUGAAGAUAUUAGAUUAAGUUAUGAUAGGGAUUUGGUUACUUACUUAUGCCUUCUAGAUCUUUCAAAAGCAUUUGAUCGAGUUGAUCACGCUUUGCUCU